GGCCUCGAGGGAAAGUUUCUGGCACAAAGUGUCCGUGGCUGGCGGAUUUAUCUUUAUUGUCGUGAAUGGCCAUCUGAAUAUCAUGUUUUAAACUGUCAGUCCAUUCAGAAAUAACACCCCUAUAUAUGAUGUCGCAAGAAACCGAUCCGGAACCAAGUCUCGUACCGCAGCUAAAAUGUGAGCCGACCAACACUGGCAAUUUCCUUUGCCUGCACACAUCGCCGCCUCUCCAGAUCGCUCUGCACGGCAUGUCGGCCCUCACCCACACGCGUUUGUCCAAGAACGCCUUCGAUCUCUGUCUGGAACUGAUGGAGGCGGGUGUCAAGUCGAAGGCCCUGGCGGACAUAGUCCUGUACACACUGAAGUGCAAGAAAGAUGCGAAUUUGAUUCAUUCUCAGACGCCAUAAAACUGAAAAUUUCCUACAGACGGACACCUGCUGAUUACUCUUAUCGCAUACGACCUCAUCAACUCAAACCUCAAGCCUGGUCGUGAUCACUCGAAGAAAUCCCUAUUUCGAUAAGCAAUAUCAGUUAUAAUUCGCACACACUAUUAGCGACCAUCAUAAAUAUAUGAUAAGAGACCAGCUA